AUUGUCAAACCCAGCCAUGCAAAUAAGCAAUGCAUCCUUUUAAUCCAUAAUCAAUUAUUGAUUCCGUUGACAUUUGACUUACUCUUAAUAAACCCACUUGCCAUUAUCAUCUCCAUUAGCUGUCGUUGAAGCUUAAAACUUUGCAACACUCACGUCCGUACUAGGAAGUAGGACCCACUUUCCCUCCUUUUUCCUCUACUACAAAAACCCUCGCAAAUUCCUCUUUUUUUCCCCAAUCCGCUAACUUGUUUCCAACACAAAAUCGCUGAAAUUUCAGAUAAUUUUGUAGCAGUAAUUCAAUUUCUAGGAAGUGGGUUUCUCUCUUUGUUCAAUUUAAACAAUUGGGUUGAUCAAUGGAGUUGCAAAACGUUGGAAUUGUGAGUUGUGGGAAGUGGAUCAAACGGCCGGAUAAAGCUACUUUGGCGGUUUUGGGAAAAUCUUACAAUUCAUCCAAUGCUAAAUCGAAGCUUGAGAUUUUCUCUUUUGAUUCCAAGACUUCUUCUCUUUCCUCGUCGCCAAUUGCUGAACAUGAAUUUGAAGAUGGAGAGCCUGUUAGCAUUGCGGUGCACCCUGAUGGGGAUCAAAUUAUAUGUGCUACUUCUUCUGGUGAUUGCAAGUUAUUUGAAUUGUGUGUUGAAGAAAAAUCUAUGAAACUAUUGCCUAGAGAAGCACCAUCUCUACAAGGUGUUGGACUGCAAACUUGUAUAGAGUUUAGCGUUGAUGGAUGCAAACUUGGUGUUGGUGGAGAGGAUGGACAUCUAAGAAUCUUAGAGUGGCCUAGCUUGCGAAUAAUUCUUGAUGAACCAAACGCUCAAAAGUCCUUUAAGGAUAUGGAUUUCAGCCUUGACUCUGAGUUCUUAGCCUCAACUUCUACUGAAGGUUCAGCCAGAGUUUGGAAUGCAAAUGAUGGAGUAACUGUGGCAACCUUGAAACGAAAUCCGAAUGAAAAGAUUGAAUUAUGUUGCUUCUCAAAGGAUGGAACUAAACCUUUUCUGUUUACCACUGUUCAAAGAGCUGCAGCGAAGGCUAAACCGAUUACUGUUGUAUGGGACAUGAGUACUUGGGAUAGGAUUGGGCAUAAGGUACUACUUGCGAAGCCUGCUUCGGUAAUAACCACCAGCCAAGAUGGGAAAUAUCUUGCCUUGGGAAGUAAAGAUGGUGAUGUAUGUGUAAUUGAAGUGAAAACAAUGAGGAUCAAUCACUGGAGUAAAAGGCUGCACCCGGGUACAUCCAUUGCAGCUCUAGAGUUUUGUCCUAGUGAAAGGAUUGUACUUACAACUACCAAAGAAUGGGGCGCCAAGGUGACGCAGCUAACUGUUCCUGUAGAUUGGAAAGAUUGGCAGAUCUAUUCAAUCCUAGGACUUAUGCUCUUGGUUUCUGCAAUAGCCUUCUACAUCUUCUAUGUGAUGUCUGAUUCAUUUUGGCAGGUUCCUACCGCACAUCAGCCUUCUACAGCACACAUAGAUUCUUUUCUAGGAGAUUCACUUUCAUCUGAGGAUCCAUUUGGCCCACUUGAUUUGUGAUUCUUUAUUCGACUUUCAUAGACUCAUCCAAGGUGCAACGAGAUUGUACAAACUUUUUGUUUUCAGCCUAUAUUGUGUAAUACUUUGCAGUUUCACUGAUUGAGACAAGGUAGCACAGUUGGGAUAUUUCAGUCUUACAGUUUAUUUUUCUCUAUCCUUUUCAUUUUCCCACUCUUCCAUGGACUCCAAUGUAUUGUUCCCUGAAUAUUAAAGAAUACGUACCUGUUACUUUUCUAGUUUUUUUUUAAUAUGUAUCCAUUUUUAGGGGUGGUAGUGUAGGAUGCAUAUUAAAAAAAAUACAUGUUUAUUGCCCUGCAAAUUUUUAUUUAAUACAAAGUAUAAUUUGGUA